CACGUGCGCGCGCCUCCCCCGGAGGGUUCCCUGGGUGGAAGACAUCAUCAGCCGCUCCAGGAGGUUGCAGAAGCCGGCCGCGUCAUCCUGUGGAAUGGGCGGCGCACGGACGGAGGGUGUUUUCCAGCUUUAAAAGCACCGGAGCCGGCUCCUCUGACAAACCGAGCUGCGUCAUCCAACUGUGGAGACUUCUCAAAGAACCUUCACCGCUCAGAAGCGAUCCAAAACUCACCUCAACCCGGUCCAAACGCUGCCACUCUUCCUGCCCCCUCUCUUCCUUCCCCUCUCCGACACGAUUUACUCCUCUCGCUCGUGCUCAGAAGAAAAGUUCACUCCUCUGUUUUAAAGAUUCCGAAGCGAGUUAUGCCUUACGGCGUGUGAAGUAAAGCAGUGUUGCCGCUCUUGAAUAGUACCGUCGGCGAAGACGUUGGUGCACGUUGAGCGCAGCCGGACGAAAGUUGCGCAUCGCUUGUUGAAUGCAGGAUACCUCCAGCCUGAGCGUCAAAGCCAAGUUCAACUUCGGAGCAGCAGCGCUAGCAGCAGCAGCAGCAGCAGCCGGUCAGGAGCGGGGACUCCAGCGUCUCAAAUCUACCGCCGCCGCCGAUAUGAAGUCUGCAGAGGAAGAUGCAUACAACUACACACCAAAUGUCAGUCUUCCAAUUGGCAUGGGCAACCCAUGCCUUUCUACGCAGUACCACACCUUGCAGUCCAGUCCUCUCAUCCCGGUCUCCUCUUGCCACCAGACUGGCUACAGUGUCCAAAAUGACAACCAUGCUGCGUCAAGUUACUACCUGCCUCAAGCCUUGAGACCCAACGGCGCUCCAGCUCUGGAAAGCCCUCGUAUAGAGAUCACCGCCUAUAGCCAAUACCCAGAGGAUGAAGUAGAAGCCAGCGGCAGAGAAGAUCACAUCAUCAAACGAGGCGUCAACUCCAUCGUCACACUGACGCUGCCGAAUGUGGAUGGGUACCGUGACCCUAGCUGUCUAAGCCCCGCGAGCAGCAUAUCCUCUCGCAGCUGUAACUCAGAAGCCUCGUCCUACGAAUCCGGUUUUUACAACUACGACAAUUCCCCGCAGAACUCUCCCUGGCAGUCACCCAGCGUUUCACCCAGAGGGUCAUCAUCACUUCUGUCUUGUCCACAUGCCAUCGGUCCCGCAGCCUCUCCUCACCAUUCGCCUUCCAACUCCCCUCAAAUAGGUGCAAUGGCAGAGGAGGGAUGGCCAGCGCAGCCACGUGGGUCCCGGCCGAAUUCCCCCUCCUGCAGUGGAGUUGGCGGAGGAAACAGCGGUGGCAUGGGCAAGAGAAAAUACAGUUUCAGCGGCUCGUCUUACCAGCAGACAUCGUGCUCACCCAACCAAUCACCCACCCCUUCUUCACAUGGUUCCCCGAGGGUCAGCGUCACAGAUGAGAACUGGCUUACCAACACCAACCAGUACACCAACCUUGCCAUUGUAGCGGCUAUUAAUGCUCUCACCACAGACGGAAUGGCUGACAUGGCGGAAGGAAUCCCAAUCAAGACACGAAAAACCAUGCUGGACCUCUCACCAUCCAUGAGUCUGAAGGUGGAACCCGGAGGUGAGGACCUGGGUCCAGAAGGGGAGCUUCGACAUGAGGAGUACCCUUCCCGCCUUAGCCUCAAGAAGGAGAAUUACUGUGGAGGGUUUCUGGAUGUACCACAGCAUCCAUACUCCUGGUCUAAACCCAAGCCUUACCUCAGCCCCUCACUGCCGGCUCUUGACUGGCAGCUUUCGUCCUGCUCCGGUGCGUACAACCUGCAGAUUGAGGUGCAACCAAAGUCCCACCACAGGGCCCAUUAUGAGACGGAGGGAAGCCGAGGAGCCGUGAAGGCGCUGUCUGGGGGACACCCUGUUGUUCAGCUUUACGGCUACAUGGAAAGCGAACCGCUCACCCUGCAGCUUUUCAUCGGGACCGCAGACGAUCGCCUCCUGCGACCGCAUGCCUUCUACCAGGUCCACCGGAUCACCGGCAAAACCGUCUCCACUGCCAGCCACGAAGUCUUGCAAUCCAACACCAAGAUCCUGGAGAUCCCUCUGCUGCCAGAAAACAACAUGAGAGCCAUAAUCGACUGCGCAGGAAUCCUGAAGCUGCGCAAUUCCGACAUCGAACUGCGCAAAGGGGAGACGGACAUCGGUCGGAAAAACACCCGCGUGCGUUUGGUGUUCCGUGUGCACAUCAACCAGCCCAACGGCAGGACGGUGUCCCUACAAGUCGCCUCCAAUCCCAUUGAAUGCUCUCAGCGCUCGGCUCAGGAGCUUCCCUUGGUGGAGAAGCAAAGCGUGGAGAGCUAUCCCGCCACCGGAGGCAAAAUGAUGCUCCUCGGCGGCCUCAACUUCCUCCCCGAGUCCAAGGUGGUGUUCGUGGAGAAGGCACAGGACGGCCAUCAUCUGUGGGAGACAGAAGCCAAGGUUGACAAGGACUCUGUCAAAACUUCGCAGAUGCUGGAGGAAAGAUGGGUGCUCAAGGACCUGCUGGAGGUGAUGUUGUAA